CUCUGGUUCGCGUGUUUGGUAGUCCGCUGAGCCGUCGCCAGCUAAGUAUUAGUUCCCUUCUCUCUCUCUCUCGCUCUCUCUGUUUCUCUCUCCGUCUUUCCAUUGCGUUGUGUCAAUUUUCCUGUUCCCUUCGCCUUCGUUGUGUUGGGCUGAGAAACGGGGGGGGACUCUUCGGGAGCUUUUCAGAUGGUCUAGGGUUUCAGAUGUGGGAAAUCGAGAGGUAUCGUCCAUGAAUUACGCGAUCCACAUGUUCCGGUUCCGGGUCCGGAUCCUCCAUUCCUUCUCGGUGGUGUUCCUGUACUGGUUCUACGUGAUCUCAUGAGCCGUCUCUUUUCCCGAUCGAUCGCGAUUCCUACCUCCCUUAAUUCGAUCGAAAUUGUUGUCCAAAGCAAAAUUGAAAUUAUUCCCGAUACGCGGAGACCCCUUUGAUUAGUCGUUACUGAAUUAAGUGAUUGCUCGAGGGGAGAGGCUUUAAAAAAUGGGUUCGGUUCGGCGUCAAGCGAGCUCGGGAUCCGAUAGUGAUCCAAGGUGUGGGGUAGCCGAUGAAAGAAAGAGGAAGAGGAUGGAGUCCAACAGGGAAUCUGCCAGGCGCUCGCGGGUGAGGAAACAGAAGCGGCUGGCGGAUUUGCUCGGGGAAUUGGGGCAAUUGCAGCAAGCUAACAGUGAGCUCAUAGCGAGUAUCAAUGCCACUGUGCAGAAGUACGUCGAGGUUGAGUCGGCGAACAAUGUCCUUAGGGCCCAGGCCAUGGAACUUACUGAUAGGCUGCGGUCCUUGAACUCAGUGCUGGAGAUCGCGGAGGUGGUCAGUGGGCUUGCGGUUGAUAUUCCUGAGGUACCCGACCCGUUGAUUGAGCCCUGGCAGAUCCCUUGUCCAAUACUACCCAUCAUGGCAUCUGCAUACGUGUUUGAGUGCUGAUGUAUCGUUCCCCGUUGCAAAUUUGGAAUGAGUGCUUUGGAAUUUAGAGUCUCUUUACCUCUGUGGUUGAUGCUUAUGUUGUCCAUUGUCUCUAAUGGUCAUACUUUGUCGUAUCGUGUCUCGUGACUGGAUCGGCUCACUGUUGUAUAAGUGGGUCGUUUUCACCCGCAUUAGCUUUUGAAAUUUCCAUGAUGAUGAAUGUUUGUAAGAAUCCUAUAUUUGCAGUUUGUGGACAAGACAGGUUGUGAUUCUGUAGCCCCGUUCUUCUUUCAGCAGGAUAAGGCUUCUCAGAUUUUCAUUGCUA